AUGGCAACCCCGCAAGUGCUGGUCCCGCAGACCGAAAACAUUGCAGACGUCUACGCAACAGAUGACGCCUCUGCGAAAACAGUCGCACCGGAGAUUCAAGCCCGCUGGAGUAAUCUUCUCUCGCAAUUUGUCAAGCUCUACGGCCACCGCCCCGAUUUCGUGUCGCGAAGCCCCGGACGGGUGAACAUCAUCGGCGAGCACAUCGACUACAACCUCUACGAUGUCCUGCCCACGGCCGUCAGUGUCGACGUCAUCAUCGCCGUCAAGGUCGUGCCCUCUGAAGGUCCGGAGGCAUUUGUCAAGAUCGCCAACGUGAAUUCGGAGAAAUUCCCCUCGCGUCAGUUUACGGUCCCGCAUGAUAAAGACGUCGAGAUUGACCCGGCCAAACACGAGUGGGUCAAUUACUUCAAGGCAGGUCUCGUGGGAGCCCUGAAGUUCCUCCGUCAGAGAAGCGGAAAUGCAAGCUUCACCCCCGCGAGUGUCGAGGUUCUCGUAGAUGGCAAUGUUCCUCCUGGUGGUGGGAUCUCGAGCAGCGCGGCCUUCGUCUGCUCGAGUGCACUGGCCGUGAUGAAGGCCAAUAAGCAUGACGUUUCGAAGCAGGAUCUUCUCGACUUGGCGGUUGUCUCGGAGCGUGCGGUGGGAGUAUAUUCCGGAGGAAUGGACCAGGCAGCCUCCAUCUUCUCCUCCCGUGGAUACCUCUUGUACACUCGGUUUUUCCCGAGCUUCUCUGUCCAGCACGUGCCCGUACCCAAGGCAGAAGAAGAGAUUACCUUCCUCAUGGCCCAGAGUUUUGUAACCUCGGCCAAGGCGGAGACUGCUCCUCGUCGCUACAAUCUCCGGGUCGCCGAGUGCACUCUCGCCGCCGUGGUGCUGGCGAAGCUGCACGGGAUCACCCUGCAGAAGGACAACAGCUCCUUGGGAUACAGCCUGCGCAACUUCCACGAGGAGUUCAUGCGCAAGGAGGGCCGUCUCAGCGACCCUCUGGAGAAGCAGCUCGAUUCCGUCAUCCAGACCGCCACCGAGCUGCUGUCGCAAGAACAGGGAUACACGCGGGAAGAGAUCGCCAAACUGCUCGACAUCACCGUCCCCGAACUCGAAGCUCGGUUCCUCUCCUCGUUCCCGGUCCAGGCUGAGCGGUUCCUGCUCCGUCAGCGGGCGCUGCACUGCUUCAAGGAGGCGCGCCGCGUGCUGGACUUCAAGGCCUGCCUGUCCAAUGCCGAGAGGCUGGACGAGCAGCGGAUCCGCUACCUGGGCCAGCUACUCAACGAGUCGCAGGAGUCAUGUCGCACCGACUACGACUGCAGCUGCCCGGAGGUGGACGAGAUCUGUGCGAUUGCCCGCCGCGCAGGGACCUGGGGCAGCCGACUGACGGGCGCGGGCUGGGGCGGCUGCACGGUGCACAUGCUGCCUCAAUCGAAAGUCGAGGCUGUGACCAAGGCGUUGCGAGACGAGUACUAUCUCAAGAGAUUCCCUGACAUCAGCCAGGAGAAGCUGGCGGAGGCUAUGGUCAUCAGCAAGCCGUCUAACGGAUCCUUCAUAUUGACGAUAUCCAUUAGCAUGGGUAAUGGGAAGAUAUGUCUACCUUACCAAGGUAUUUCUUAA